AUGGGCGACGACGAGGCAAGUCCCAGCCCCUUGUGGCAGAUCCCGACAGAGGAGGGCGACGUGAGCUGCAAAGAAAGCUGUUGCGCCUGCUUCUCUCGCUUGAUCUCCGUGCUGUGCACGCUCGCGGUGGUCUUUUUCGCAUUGCUCGGCAUGGCCACCAUCGUCAUCGAUGGAGCAAUCCGAGUGCAGCGGGACAUCCAUCUCUAUGAGGAGGGCGCACGGAGCGUGGUGAGCCGAGUCAAGGUCCUCGUGAAGAGCCUCUCCCUGGCGCUGCCGGAAGCCUUCUUCACGGCGGUGUCUGAACACCUGCAGGACAACGCCAAGCUGGUGCUGUCCACUGCUCUGGGAGGUGUGCUGGAGUACGCCGGCCACGUAGUGUUUGAGCUCCUCAUGCUGGGCUUGUACGUGCUGUUCUGGUUGUGUGCACCCAUGCCGCUGAACGGCAAGACGGAGACCAUCCUUAGGCGCUACUUGCUGCUGAAAGGCUCUGCGUGUCUGGGCUAUGGGGUCUGUGUGGGCGUUCUGCUCCACCUGCUGCGAGUGCAGCUCCCCAUCGUCUAUGGCUUGACCUCCUUUGUAUUGAGCUUCAUCCCGGAGGUCGGUGCUUUUCUGGCGAUGCUGCUGUCCUUGCCUGUGAUUCUGUUCGAUAGCCGCCUGGAGGCCCCUGCAGUGACGCUCCUGACGGCUCUGGCAGCACAGCUGGGCCUAAAGUUCUUCUUCGCCAACAUUGUGGAAGUGAAGCUGGUGGAGAACGACUCCACCAUGAAGAUGCAUCCGGUGGUCACUCUCAUCGCUGUGACCUUCUUUGGCCUCAUUUGGGGCCCUACUGGCAUGCUGCUCUCGGUGCCCAUGAUGACGUACCUGAAGGCAGUGCUGCUGGUGGAGCAUGUGCCGCCGGGCUACCGAGAUCCGCUGCUGAUUCUGCUGGAAGGGGACCGCAUGGCGCCAAAGAGGCUAGCGCGCGCGGACCAGAAGGACAGCCGAUGGCGCAAGCAAACCUCAGAAUGA